GUUUACAUAUUCAAUGUUUACUAACAUAAUAAACUAUUUUCAAGUUAUUUUAUGUAACAAUUUUAAAAUUAUAUAAUUUUUAACAAAAUUUUUUCACCUAUAUGAAUUUGUGUGUCACAAGGGCAAGGCUGCAUCCUCUCAAAAAGAAAGAAAUAGAACAAUUUAGGAACUAAAUCAGCCAAUCCUGUUUAUCUCUAUAAUUAGGAGUAGGGAUUGGUGGGGAACAGCUGACAGGCAAACAUUUAGACAUCUUUGAUUAUAUUUUAUGCACUUCAUCAAUGGGACUUAAAAUUUUAGUAUGACAGAAACAUAAAUAUUGGGAGUUUAUUUUAGAUUAAUAGUUUUUAAAAGUUCACUUUUAACUAUUUAUUAUUUCUAGUUACCAGUUAGUUUAGUGUUAUUUUAAAAGUGACGUCAUGUGAUUGGUUUUUCAUGGAGUAUCAUUUAUUUAAGAUUUCAGGUUACGUUAAAAGUUGAUGUUCUAUUUCUUCCAAUAACCAAACAUGAACUUUCUGUUUCAAAAUCCGCAAAACAGUUUUCCGAAACAACACAAUAGUAAUUUUCUGUUAUCACCAGAAACACCUUCGAAAACCACCUUUAACGAUAAUAAGCCUCAGGUGAACGAAAAUAAUAAUCAAAUAAGUCCUAAUGGUCCGGAGAAAACAUUAAAAGAGCUUUGGUCAAAGCAUAAGAUAAAAAUGAGCAAAACCAAAAUAGAAUCGACUAAUAAUCUCGACAACAAUAUAAAGAUGACUUGGGACGUGGACGUGGAAAAAAAUAUUUGCGUAAAUGUUAUAAACCAAGAGAAGAAGGAAGAGUUACCUCCAGAAAUAAAAGAAGUGGUUCCAAAAACCGAGCAAAAUACCAAAGAUGAAAAAGAAGAAUCUCCUUCGCAUCACGCAAGAAGACCGCCCAAUGCCUUUUUGAUAUUUUGUAAAAAACACAGACCUAUAGUUAGAGAUAGAUUCCCCAAUCUAGAGAAUAGAGGAGUUACAAAAAUUUUAGGAGAAUGGUGGGCCCUACUGAAUAAUACUGAAAAAAUGCCAUAUAAUGACUUAGCAAGAGAGUACAAAGACGCCUUCCUAUCAGCCAAUCCAGAUUUUAGGUGGUACAAGUUACCAGCUCCUCCACUACGCACUCUAACUACUCGUCCUUUGACUGUUCCCAAACCGCAUCCAUCCAUAUCUAGUCCUUCCAAUCCUUAUACUAUAACCUCAACUCUAUCAGAAUUUACUCCUGGAAAAUUGGCCGAUGAAUCUCAACUUGGUGGUCUGACAUCGCUCAUGAACAACUUCACAUCAAUACCAAAGACAGAAACAGAAAAUAAUAAUAAUGUACUGAAGAUUGAAGAUAAAUUAGAACAAAAGAUUGUCAGUCCAGUUAGUAAUAUUUCAGUAAGCACUCCUCCCAAACCGAUCAAGAAGAGAUUUACCGAGUAUUACGAGAGUAAUAUUUGUGUCAGAAAUAUUUUGAAUGACGAAGAACAGGUCCAAGAUUCCUUGCAUCAGGCAAUGGAAUCUGUUUUACCGAAACGUCAGAGCACCUCCCCGGACAGGAACGGUCUAAAAGACCAAAGAAAACCAGAAAGAAUGUGCAAAGGUAAACGCUACGAGAUGUUCAUGCUCGAAGGUAAACUAUUGGGCAACAAAAGAGAUACCAAACUCGUCCACCAAAAGCAACCACUGAAAUCAGAUCCACCAGAACUUGUUAUUAUCGAAAAAAACGAACCUCCGAAUUUAGGCAACACCAUCAAAAGGCUUGCAGAACGUACCAACAUAAAAAUAGAUUUUGAUAGUAUAGAUAACGUAGAACCAGAGAUCAAAAGAAUACGCAGCAUAUCCGAGACUUCAGAAAGCGGAGGAAAAGCUUCACCUCCUAAUUUUAAUUUAGAUUUAAGGAUAUCAAAUCUUCCAAGUUUAAGUUAUGACGAAUUUUUACAAAGGAAACGCGAUAGUAAGAAAAGGAAAGCACGUAGUAAAUCCGAGGGCGAUCUUCGUAGAAAAAUGCAGAAAACUAAUAAGGAAACGCAACUAGUUGGGUCCAAAAAACGGAAAAACAAACAAAGCAUCACUCAUCUCGGCAACAAAACGGAUACUAAUUUAAAUAACGAUCUUAUCGGUUUAGCAACAUUGGCCGAAGUCGCAGCCAAUACCGAAAAGAUCAACGAAAAAAUCUCAGAAUAAAAUAAGUAUUACAAGUAGCAUCUAUAUAAAUAUUCUCUUUUAAUGGGUAGAGGAUUUAAUUCGAAGUUACGUGCCUCAAGUUAUUGGUAUCUUUAUUGGCCUUGACCAGAAAACGUUUUUCAAAUGGUCUCAAUAUUUUCAAAUAUUUUAAAACUUAUCUUAAAUUCCCAAUUUUCUUCACUCAGUUUUAUCGAAUCCACUCUAGUCAAUUUCAAAUAAGUUUGUGUAAAUUUGUUUAUUCUACACCAAAUACAUUUACGAUAUUAGUAAAAAAACAAAUUCUUGAUAUGUCCCAAAAUUAUUGAACUAGAAUUUCAUACUCAAAUUUAGAGAGGUGAAAUCUGGUACUGCAUAUUGAUUGACUUUUUAGUGCAUCUCGUAUUUUUUAAAUAAUUUUUUAUAAUGGAAUACCCAUUUGGAAACCGAUUUCUAAACUGUUUUAAAAACAGAUUAUUAGCAAUAAAAUUAUACAAAGAGGCCGUUUAUUGAAUAUGCAAUUUCUCAAAGACGCUUGUUGAAAAUGUUGAUUAAAAGUGGGAAGUUCUAUUGAUUGUUAUUUUUAUUUUGUUUUUAUUUUUCUUUGUUAUAAUUCCCACGAUAUAUUCGCGUUUUCUCUGUUAUCUAAUAUUUUGUUUUGUCAGUCAUAGAAUUUUGUGAGAGUUGUCCAGCCAUAUAUUUAGAAAUAUUGUUAAUUUAGUCACAAUUCUGGUGUACAAUAAUUUAACUACAUCAAAUUAAAUCUCAACAUGUUAAGAAUCUAAGAGAUUUCAGUUAUUUAAUGCUUUUUUUCAAUUAGUUGUGGUGUAUUUGUUGACUUGUUCACCAGAGAGGUUUUAUUAAUUUUUUUAUCAGAAUGAGAUCAUUUAUUUUAUAUUUAUCUCAAAAAAUGAAAUGUUAGGAGCGUUUCAGUAUUUUUUCUUUGUUCUAAGUUCUAUAAAAAAUAAAAAAUUUAAUCUUCUCAGAUAUAAUGACAAAAAUCUUGAUUAUACUUUUUCUAUCUACUUAACCUUAUAGUCCAGUCAUUAUAGGGGGUUGACCUCGGAAAAUCGACAUACCCAGUAUAUUAUCACGUAAAAACUUGUACUUUGACAUCCUAAAACUAUUCUCUAAAUACACAAAUAAUUGGACGGUUGCAAAUUUGAAAGUCAGAAGUGAAAGGUCAGUAAAAUCGAUUUGUUUUAAAUUUUUUGCAAAAAUCUCGUUUUCUAUGUGCUUUACGCUAUUUGUAUUUAUUAUCAAUAUGUAGAAAAUUCAAUUCUCUAUAACUUUUAUAUUUAACAUUUGUUUAUACAUUGAACUGUUUUCGAGAUAGAGGGCGUAGAGCGCGAGGACAAUAAAUUACAUGAUGUUAACUGGUAGUCCCAAUCAAAAACUUGUAAUAUUAAGGUUAUAACUUAUUGCUAAAUAUAUAAUUAUAAUUUUUUAUCAACUUUUGGGGUUACAGUGCUCUUUAGCUUGCGGCUGAUAGUAAAAUGUAAGGUUUUUUCCAUGCUGUACCAUAUCAGAUCAAUAUUAAUGAUGAUAGCACCUUCGGUACAGAAAUUAUGAAUGAAUUGGAGACAAAUGUUGAAGACGGUAAUGAGGAACUUGAAAUUUUGCAGCAAAAGGACGAUAAUGAAGAAGAAGAGAAUUGAACUGAAUAGAAAUUGUUCUCGAAAUUUUUAUUAAUUUUAACAAUAAUAAUAUAAUAUAAUAAAAUUACACGCUAGAUAAAAGCAUUAACUAAAAAUUUAUUUCUUUUCUUCUUUAUUUAUAUAGAAAGUCAUUAGUAUAAAUUAGAUUGGAAUUAAAAUACAAUUUGAGUAUUUUCCUCAACAAUUUCUCAGUUACAUGACCAAAUAAGUGUUAUUAAAUAAAUUGACACUUAAUUAAAAAUAGAUAAGUGACCAAAAAAAUUGAAUUUAAUCUAAAAUUUGAUAAGAAAUGAUAAUUAUACGUCUAGCAAUAAAUUAUUACCUAAAUAGCCAGAGAUUUUGACCGAGACUACCGGUUGACAUCAGAUAAUUCUCUAACCGCGCGCUCUACGUCCUCUAUCUCGAAAACAAUUCUAGAUAUAAAAAAAUGUUGAAUAUAAAUGUUGUAGAGGAUUGAAUUCUUUACAUAUUGAUAAUAAGUACAAAUAGAAAACGCGAUAUUUGCAAAAAAUGUAAAAAAAUCGAUUUUUCUGACCUAAUUUGGCCUGAAACGACUGGACUUCAUGUAUUGUGUAUUUUGGAUUGUUUCUUUACAUAUCUUUUAAUUCUGUUUUAUUUUUGUAAAUUCAUAUUUUCUUAUUUUAAUCUGAUUCUUCAGACCAAAUUGAGAGAUCAAUAAUUUUUUUUUAAUUUUCUUCAGGAGUGUCUGUUUAUCAAAAGUUUGUGCUUCCUGUCGUAUCUUUUGGCACAGAAUGUAAACUUCUGGAAAAAACUGAGGGUUAAUGUGUGAAAUCUUUAUUGAACCGAAUAAACUUUUUACUCUGUCUGAUUUCCUUUAGUGCAUAAAAAAUUUACUUGCCUUGUUCAUGGAAAAAGCUAUUUUACUACUUUUUAAAUUCCAAUUUAGGGUGCUGUGAAAAGAUUAUUGCAAUUUUCUCAAUUACCCUAAUACACACAUGAAAAUUGAAGAAAAAAAUAUGAAAAAUGGGAAAAUUUCCUGAUUUUACAUGUCAUAUCAAUACGCACAAUAAAAUAUUAGUAUCUGUUAAUAAAAAAAGUUAUUUAACAAAUUUGGCAGACUGAUCCUAACAAAAUUCCAUGAUUUAAAUAAAUUUACAAAAUAUUAUCUCGUGCUUAAAUUUGUUUUUGAGUUAUUUAUAUUAUAUUAGAGAAUAUUUGUUUUUUAUGUUUAUGUUGUUUUUUUGUUAUGUUAACCUUCUAUUCAUAAGUACCAAAAUCACACUAGUUACUUGUAAAAUAGUCAUAUUUUUGUUAAUUUUAAUGUUUUAUCUUGUACAUUUAUAUAGUCAAUGGGAUUACAAACUGAUCUGAUUUGGACUACGCGUACAUACAGAUUGUUCCAGACAUCUUCAAUUCAAUACAUAUAGCAGAUUACUAAAACCUGUUAACUGGGGAGUUCUCGUUCAAAUUAUGCAACAUGUACCGGGCGCGCAUUAUUUCGCUAAGACAUGUCACGUCACGCCCAGAGACCGUCAUUUCAUAUUUCUAUAUUUUAAUUUAUUCAUAAAAUGAAUGAUAAACUAUGAAAUGUAUAUCGUUUAUUAAUAAUUUUGAAGUACAAAAGGAAUCACAAAACAAUUAAAAGCAAGUAAAUAAAAUAGAAUUACACAUAAUACAUAAUGCUACACUACAAUUCGGACACCAGUAAGUAGAUUAUUUUCUAGCACCUUUUUUGUAACACACUCGACAUUUCCGGUAUUUAGAUUUUCCUGUAUCACUUUUCAUUUGCUCUGGAAAAUGCCUUUCCACUAUGCAUGAUGGUUUAGGUGUAGAGCUGCUUGUUGAUGGUCAUGGGUGAGUGUUCACGAUAUUGUUAUCAACUAAUUUCUCUAUAUACUCUAACAAAAAAUGAAGUCUGUCUAUAUGACCUUUAUCCUUUUUGUACAAAAUAUAUGCAUUUAGGCAGCACAUAUCAAUCAACCUUAGAAAAAUUUUUUUACUCUAUUACGAGCAGCUGUGUAAGCCAUCAUAACUCCAUCUCCCAAAUCUACGCCGCCCAUAUUCUUAUUGUAAUCGAGGACAUCAUUAGGUUUUUCUUGACUUCUUCCUCUCUUUUCAAUCAUUGUCUUUUCGUCAUUAUGAAUUGAACUGAGCAGCAAUACGUCCUUUUUGUCCUUCCACUUAAAAACCAUAAGUUUGCCUUUGUAUCUUGCAAUAUGUUCAUUUUUUUUUCAAUCGGUUUGUUUUUAUUUCACUGGGGAUACCGAUUCUAUUUAUUCUCAUUUUCACAACAAUGUCGGUGUUGUUUUGACACAAGAGUUCAGCCAAAUGAAUAGAAGUAUAGAAAUUAUCCAGUUAAAUUCUAUACCCUUUAUUCAGUAAGUAUGUACUAACUCCAACACAAUUCUUGAUGAUUGUUUUUCUUGUGGGUAAUUUGAACCGUAGUUUGUGUCCUUUCCUGUAUAUAAAAUGAUAUUUAGAACGUAUCCAGAUUGGCUUUCACACAAAAUGCCAAUAACUUUAUGCCAAAUCUAGCUCGUUUCGUUGCUAUGUAUUGCUUCCAGGAUAAAUUCCGUUUCCACAAUAAAAAAGACUCGUCGACACAUCUGUCUCGUUCACAAAUAUAAAAUGUUUUGAACUUUUCUGUCAAAUAAUUUAUAAUUGAAUCGAUUUUGUAUGUUUUUCUAUUAGACGUAUUAGGAUGAAAACUUAGAUUGUCUGCAAAAUGUAAAAACUUACAUAAUAAUCCAAAUCUGUUUUCGCUCAUAGCUUCAUGAAAAAAGGGUGUUUCAAUAAUUCCUCUUCUAGAAAAAUAACACUCUAAAGUUGGUUUUCCAAUUAUUUCUUGUAAAACUAGGAGCCCCAAAAUUAUCUUCAUCUCAGCUUCAUUUGUAUCCUUCCAUUUUCGAAAUCUCGAAUGUGGUUUCAACUCCGGAUUAUUGGCAAAAAAUUGAGCAGCAUACAAAUUCGUUUGUUCUGCUAGUAAUUUUAUAAGGUCGUCAUCUAAAAACUUCUCUAGAUCAAAUAAAGGAACUUUUUUUGAAGGAGUAUUGAAUGUUUUUCCCGGAUGUGUAGUAAAGGGAAAUGGUGGUCUUCCUGCAUUUUGAGCCACCCAUUCUUCAGAGACAUCAGAGACGUUGUUGCUAGGACCAACUUUAUCAACUUCUUCAUUAUCCUCACUCUCUGUAUCGCUCACUUGUAUAUAUAUAUAUAU